GGCAGCCAGCCGGCCGGCCAGGCCAGUCAGCUGCACGAGGCGCCCCGCGCGGCUGGGUGAGCUGAGCCGCACAGCUUCGCGUGCUUCGCGUCAGCUCCACCACGGGCUCGACCCGCGGCGAGACGCGAGACGCGCCCGCCCGCUCUCCCGUCGCCCGGUCGCCCGCCAGUAUCAGCCAGCAGCGCGCCGGUGAGCGCGGCCGCGUCGUGUCGGACCGCGAUCUGUGAUUGUGUGUUGAGUGAGUGCGAUACGGACCCAUCCAUCGGCCGCCUCCUCCGCGCCACUCGCCGCGCACCUUGUGAUUGCCGUGUGCGCCGCGACCGGCGAUGGCGGCAGGGAAGUGCCUCACCGCCCACCUCCGCGUGCCUCUGUGAGCGUGUUGUCUUCUCUGCAUCGUCGCCGUCUUGGAGGAUAUAGAGGAUAUACCCACCAAGAGGGACACCACUCGUGAGCUGCAGCAGCAGGAGCAGCAGCACCCCGAGCACCCGCGCCACCCCUAGAGGAGGGCGCCCUCCGGUCAGCGGGAGCACCCCACCCACACAGGAUGGUCAUGGAGAAGGACGGGAGCAGAACGGCGGGGGAGCUGGCCGACGAGAUCCCCGAGGACAACAUGUGCGGCCUGAGGGGGUGGCGGCCCCGCUUCCUGCGCCCCUUCGCCACGUCGAGGACGUUCCUCAUCGUGUACGGCCUGCUGGGCACCGUGCAGGCCAUGGCGUACGUCUACUUCGUCGCGACGCUCACCACCAUCGAGAAGAGGUUCAAGAUCUCCAGCAGGACCACGGGUGAGUAGACGCCGCUCGGCGCGCAGGA